AUGGUGGACAAAGCACGCGAGCUAAAGCGACAGAAACGCGUGACGACGGACGAGCUCUGCACCGAUGCGGUCCCUUCUACACGAGAAGACUGGGGACCGCUUGGCUUCUACCUCACGCAGCUAAAACCUGCGCUUGCGACUCACAACGUGCACACCAAGAGUUUACAGGAUCUUUUGGAGGGACCGUUCUCACAGUGUCUACUGACCAAUUAUAUGUUUGACCUGCCGUGGCUCUUUACCGAGUGUCCACGACUGAGACAAGUACCAGUACUGCUCGUGCAUGGAGAGAGAGAUCGAAAUGGCAUGAUGAAAGAAUGUCGCAAAUAUGCGAAUGUGACGCCGGUGGCUCCACCGUUACCUAUUCCGUACGGAACGCACCAUGCCAAAAUGCUCAUCACGCUGUACUCGGAGAAAGUGCGAGUCGCAAUUUUUACUGCCAACUUUUUGUCAAAUGACUGGCACUCCAAGACGCAGGGGGUGUGGUAUCAGGACUUUGGCCUUAAGGUGCUUUGUGACUGUAACGAUGAAGAUCAAGAGGAUAAAGCGGCUGCGAAAAACAUUGGUGGUGUUGACUUUGAGGAUGAUCUGGUCCGAUACUUGUCAUCCCUUGGCGAGCACGUUCGUCGAUUUUGUAAAGAGCUCCAGCGCUUUGAUUUCUCGACGGCAACGGUCGCAUUGGUUCCAUCAGUUCCAGGAGUUCACAAAGGAAAUGACAUGGAGAAGUAUGGCCAUCUCCGUGUUCGCAACCUGCUGAAGAUGUGUAAAAUUCCUCGUACAGACAACCCAUUGAUUUGCCAGUUUUCAAGUUUAGGAUCUAUUGACGAGAAAUGGCUCUUUGGAGAGUUUGCAGCGAGCUUUUUGCCAGGAAAGAAGAACGUGUCCCCGACGUCCAUGCCGGUUCAAGCGCUUCAUAUAAUUUGGCCCUCAGUCAAGGAUGUGCAAAACUCGCUUGAGGGAUGGAACGCAGGACGAUCGAUUCCGUGCGCACUCAAGAACAUGAAACCAUUCUUGCACAAGUAUCUCCGAAAGUGGGCUCCGCCACCAGCUCUUCACCGGCAGAACGCCAUGCCGCACAUCAAGUCGUAUGUCCGAUUCAAUCCAAGCAAGGAAGAAUCUGGAGAGCUGGAUUGGGCUAUACUGACCAGCUCAAACUUAAGCAAAGCUGCUUGGGGCACGCUCCAGAAAAACAACUCUCAGUUCAUGAUCCGGUCGUAUGAGCUCGGUGUGAUGUUCCUACCACCGGUUUUGGCACGCCAAAACAGAGAUGGAGCUUUACCACGUCUUGUAACGAUAGGCAGUAAGGCUGCUGAGCGUUCCAGCGCUGUCACGUCGAGGAACUCAUCCACAGAGUUGUUGCUGACACUGCCGUAUGACUUCCCGUUGAUCUCUUAUGAUCCGAAGAAUGACGAGCCCUGGGUCUGGGACCUAGCGCGAGAGAGCCCGGAUAUCUUCGGAAAUAUCUAUAUGCCACAUUAG